CACACGAUUGGAUGCAUAUAUCUUCUUCUUCGAUGUCCCAUACAAUUUGAUUUUAUCUAAAGCGUUGAUGACUGUAGCUAUUUACUGAUACGUUGAACCGAUUCAGGUUUUUUGUGUGAGGAGGAAGAGGAGGAUCACUUCCUUCGUUGCUUCUAUUCUAUCCGAGUCUCAUCGUCCUCGUUUUAUCUGUAGUAGAUGGAGACCAACUCGCGUGCACAUGAUUUUCUCCUCAAGAGGCUUGCUUCUAUUGGGGUCCCUAAGAAAUGCUGUUCCAAACGUGGCCUAGUGGAAUUCGUUAGAGCUAACCGAUCCAGGAUCUCGGAGCUCGUCUCUGCUCUCUUACCUACCGAUGAGGAUGUUAAAGCUGUACUGAAGGGAACUAAGGAACAGCCUCACAAGUCUGCGGUGAGUCCCACCAUGAAAAAGAGGUUCAGGGAGAGCAUGAGUUGGCUGCAGUGGCUCAUGUUCCAGGACGAGCCUCGUGUUUCCUUGAAGAAUCUUGCGAAAUCGAAUGUUGAUCAGCAGCGAGGUGUCUGUGGCUCCGUCUGGGGAGAACAUGAUAUAGCGUAUCGGUGCAGAACGUGCGAGAAUGACUCGAGUUGUGCGAUCUGCGUGUCUUGUUUCGAGAAUGGUGAUCACAGCUCCCACGAUUAUUCCAUCAUGUACACCAACGGUGGUUGUUGUGAUUGUGGGGAUGAUACAGCCUGGAAAAAAGAUGGUUUCUGUUCGAAUCAUAAAGGUUCCGAGCAGAUUCAACCCCUCUCAGAGACUCUAGCAGAGUCGGUUGGGCCUGUACUUGAUGCUCUUUUUACUUGUUGGAAUAGCAGGCUCGUAUCUGCAGAGAGUGUUUGUGAGAACGAUGCGAGAUCCAACGAUACUCUUGCUGUACACCAAAAGAUGUCAAACGAGCUGACAUUCGUAGUGGUUGAAAUGCUUCUGGGGUUUUAUAAGUCUAGUGAGAGUCUGCUAAGUUUUGUUUCUAGAAGGAUGGUCGCUUCAAGUGGUCUAUUGAUGAUUCUCGUAAAGGCUGAGGGGUUCUUGGACAAAGAUGUUAUGGAGAAACUACACGACUUGCUCCUCAAAUUGAUAGGAGAUCCCGUCUUUAAGUCGGAAUUUGCGAAAGCGCUUGUGAGUUACUAUCCACUUGGCAUUAGUGAAGCGGUUAAGAAUGGUCAUGAUCAUGCAUUCAUGCAAUAUCCUCCACUGAUGUCUUUGUUUUCUGUGCAAUUCUUCACGGUGCCGACUCUAACAGCAUUUCUGGUGAAGGAAAUGAAUCUGCUAGCAAUGCUUUUGGGAUGCCUCAAUGAUAUCUUUCUUUCUUGUUGUGGGGAGGAUGGUGUGCUACAGGUUACAAAGUGGGAAGAGUUGUAUGAGACAGGUGAGCGUGUCAUUCGAGACUUGAAAUAUGUUACGUGCCAUCCUGUAGUUUCUAAGUACGCAACAAAUGAAGAUCGGGAGUUAUCAAGAUCAUGGUUGGUACUCUUGACCUUUGCUCAAGGAAUGGAUCCUCUGAAAAGAGAGACUGGAAUCCAUAUUGAAGAAGAAAAUGAGAGCGCGCAUAUGUUCUUUGAGUUGAGUCAUUCAAUAGCUGCUAUUCACUUUCUGUUGGUUAACGGUACAUACUCUCCUGCCAGUGAUGAACAAAUAGAAAAUGAGAGAACCACCAAGGCUAGACUAGAUAAUUGUGAUGGAGAUGGAGAAAGGCAUGCAAAAGUUGGGAGAUUGUCUCAUGAAGAUUCCGUAUGUACCGCGAUGAUAAAGAGCAGAUCCUUUGAUAGCUCGAUGGCUUCUGAAGUCCACGAAAUUGACGCUCUCCAUGCCCUGAUUCCUUCUUCUGCCAUAUGGUUGAUACGCGAGUGUUUGAACGUUCUGGAGACAUGCUUAGGAAAUGAUGAAGGUAUAUCAAAAUUUAUGUGCAAGUUUGUGUCUCCUAGCGGCAACUCUUCCGAUCCGACGAAAAAUGCAUCAGGAGUACAUAUGUUUGGUCUGUGUGAUUGGCCGGACAUCCACUACGAUGUGAGCCUUCAGGCCAUAUCAAUCCAUCUACCGUUACACCGGUUACUUUCUUUGCUCAUAGAAAAAGCAUUAAGGUUGUGUUAUGGAGAAUCUGCCUUGCACCAUGGAGUCAGUGUUAGUCUUGAGAUCCCACAGGCGGACUUCUUCAGCUAUGUGUUCGGAGAUUUCCAUCCUUGUGGCUUUUCUGCACUUGUUAUGGAGCAUGUUCUCCGGGUAAGGGUGUUCUGUGCCCAAGUUAUUGCUGGAAUGUGGAAGAAGAAUGGGGAUCCUCCAUUAGUAUCUUGUGAGUGGUAUAGGUCAGUUCGUUGGUCAGAACAGGGACUUGAGCUUGAUCUAUUUCUCUUGCAGUGUUGUGGUGCGUUGGCUCCUGCUGAUUCUUAUGUUAAUAAGCUUCUCAGUCGAUUUGGGCUCUCGAGCUAUCUUUCACAAAGCCCUGAUAGAACAAAUGAGUAUGAACCAGUUUUGGUCCAGGAAAUGCUUGCUCUUUUGAUACAGAUUCUGCAAGAAAGGCGUUUUUGUGGUCUUUCUACUGCUGAAAGUUUGAGAAGAGAGAUCAUCUGCAAGUUGGCUACUGGAGAUUUCACUCGUAGUAAAUUGGUCAAAUCUUUACCCCGUGAUCUCUCCAAGUCGGAUGAGCUCCAAGAGGUCUUAGAUAACGUUUCAGUCUAUUGUAAUCCAUCCGGCAUGAACCAGGGAAAGUAUUCACUACGGCCAUCUUGUUGGAAGGAAUUGGAUCUCUAUCACCCUCGUUGGCAUUCAAGAGAAUUGCAAUCUGCAGAAGAAAGGUUUUCGCGCUAUUGUGGAGUGUCUGCCUUGUCAACUCAGCUUCCUAGGUGGCGAAUGAUCUAUCCGCCUCUAAAUGGGCUUUCGAGAAUAGGAACUUGCAAAACCACUUUUCAAAUCAUUUCCUCUGCUUUAUACUACGCACUACAGAGUGGUACCUCUGUUAAAUCACGUGCUCCAGAUGGCGUUCUCAUAACCGCUUUGCACUUACUCUCGCUAUCAUUGGAUAUUUGCUCUCAGCAAAGGGAAUCUAAUACUCAGGCUUGCUGCGUAGAAGAUUCAAUUCCGCUUCUCGAAUUAGCUGGUCUGGAAUUAAUGGGUAUAAAUCAAGGGACUGGAAGAGAAAGUUUGUUGUCUCUUCUUGUCUCAUUAAUGAGGACUCGUAAAGACGAUGGUCUCCGUCAAUUUCCAGAGGCAGGUAGUUGCAAUAUUUCGUCCUGGAUUGGAGAAUUGCUGAAGAAGUUCAGUGCAAUUGAUUCUGUCUGUAUGAACCUAUUGCAAAGUCUUGCCCCGGAGGUGGUUGGUCAAUCUGGAUUUGAUAAAGUCACAUCAGGCUCUACUUCUGAUGAGAAACGCAAGGCUAAAGCUAGAGAGAGGCAGGCUGCUAUUCUGGCAAAAAUGAAAGCUGAACAAACAAAAUUCUUGUCCAGCAUGGAUGAUGAUGAUCCGAGAUCUGAAACUGAAACAACAAGUGAUUCCGUAAUGGAACAGGAUUCAGAAAUUGCUGUUCGUGAAGUUUGCUCUCUCUGCCAUGACCCAGAUUCCAAAGACCCGGUUUCUUACUUGAUUUUUCUCCAGAAAUCUAAAAUCUUGAGUUUUGUGGAUAGAGGCCCUCCAUCUUGGGAUCAAGGUCCACAGUCAGAAAAGAAUAUGUCUGUUGAUGGAGUUGGCGAUGUCCUGAGAAGUAAUGUCUCCUCAGAUAGUUCAAUGAUUCCUCAUGAUGCAACCUCUGAGCCUGCUACAGAUUCCGUGUUUGAAGCUUUAACAACCCGGCUUAUAAGGAAUAGUCAGAGGGAGAAGAGGUCUAGUGAUGGGAGGGGAAAAGAUGAAUCUAACAUGGAAUCAAUGGAGAUAGCUAUGUAUCAAACCGUUCGCAGGAAAAUUGAUAACAUUACAAAUCAAAGCCUUACACAUGUAGAUCAACGACCGCAUGCUGCUGAGAGUAUUUCGGAGAGAAAUCGUGUUACUGGUCUAUCUACUUUGCAAGUUAGAGUUCCUGAUACUCGAUCAAGACAAACCUCCAGACAUUCGGAUGUCGGUUCAGAUGGGUUUCACCCUACUGACUGUGAUGGUGUUUAUCUUUCAUCAUGUGGACAUGCUGUGCAUCAAAGCUGUCUUGAACGAUAUUUAAAGUCGUUAAGGGAGAGCUCUGGGGAAUUUCUCUGUCCUGCAUGCCGGGGACUAGCUAAUUCUGUAUUGCCUGCAUGUCCCCGAGAUUUAUGUUCUGUCUCAAGGAAACAGGAAAGUUCGCAUGCCAAGUUAGGUAAAUCAAAUGCACAGAUGCCUUCGCUUUGGCUCUCUGAAGCGUUGUGUCUGCUACGAUCUGCGGCUGACGUGAUCGAAGACGGUGAUAGCGUUAGAACAGUUUCUCUGCAGGGAGCCGAACCAAGAAGGAAAGAUCUUGAAUCUGUCUCUAACAAGCUCUGGAAUUUCUAUUUUUCUAAGCGACAGGGAAAAUUUCCGGGAAGUCAUUGGGUAUCACAAUCAAUCGUUAUGUGGGACACCCUUAAGUACUCACUUAUUUCAAUGGAAAUUAAUACUCGCCGUGCGAAGAGUUCAAUGCUUCCUGUGUAUUGUGUUGACUCCUUGUAUGAAGAGUUAAAUACCUCCAAGGGAACUGCUUUGUCACUCUUAUUACGAGUGGUACAGAGCACCCGAACAAAGAAUGCUUUACAUGUCUGUCAGAGAUUUAUGGGCAUGAAGCAUCUGGCAGAGUCUAUAUGCUUUGGAAUUUCAAGUUCUCCUUCGAGCAGCAUUUUUGGAAGCGAAGCAGGUUCACUGAAGAAUAUAAACCUGCUCUGGAAUCGAGCAUCUGAUCCAGUUCUUUCCCAUGACCCAUUUUCAUCACUGAUGUGGGCUCUUUUUUGUCUCCCUUCUCCUUUCAUCACAUGCAAGGAAUCUCUAUUAUCGCUUGUGCAUAUCUUCUACGGUGUGUCUCUUGUUCAGACUGUAAUCGCCUAUUGCGCAGGUCGCAUGUUUGACUUGAGUAAAUUAGAAUUCGAGGAAAACCUGCUUAGCGACAUCCCCACCGUUUUGAGAGAAUCAGGUGGUUGGGAGUAUUUCAGGUCUAACAAUAUGGAUUUAUCAUGUGAGUUAAAAGAGACUAUCCGUAGCUAUAGUCUUCCUUUCUUGAGGAGAUGUGCAUUGCUGUGGAGGCUACUGAAAACUACUUCUGGGAAGUGUCAUGAAAAGGAAGAUAUGUUUGAUGUGCCGUCUGACUCCACCAGCGACAACAUGCAUUCCCAGUCGGAGCUGAAUCAUGUGAAUGAAUUGGAGAAAAUGUUCAAGAUCCCGCCUAUUGAUAUCAUUGUCAAUGAUGAACUUCUCCGGUCAUCAACACAAACAUGGCUUCGACAUUUCCAGAAGGAAUACAAAGCUAACAGAGUUAAAAGGCCUUUCUGCAUAACACCUGUAGUUCCUUUCCAGCUUAUGAAGUUACCCAAUUUAUACCAGGACCUAUUGCGAAGGUAUAUCAAGAAACCUUGUAGCAACUGCAAGAAAGUUAUGAUAGAUCCUGCAUUGUGUCUUCUUUGCGGAAGAUUGUGUUCUCCCAUAAUGCUGCCUUGUUGCAGUGAAAGUGAUUGCCAGACUCAUGCAGUCACCUGUUGUGCUGGUACUGGUGUAUUUCUUCUGCUACGGGGGACCACGAUUUGGCUACAAAGAUUUGGAAGUCAAUCAUCUUGGUCAUCUCUUUACUUGGAUACGUUUGGAGAAGAGGAUACCAAUCUGUUAAGAGGAAAACCACUAUACCUGAAUGAAGAACGUUACGCUGCAUUAACAUACAUGGUUGGUUCUCAUGGACUCGAUCACAGCUCCGAAGUUCUCAAUCAAACCACCAUCGAGACUUUCGUCAUUUAAAAAAGAUUUUAUAUCCUUUUUUUCUCUGAUCUAAGAUUCAUCUACAAUAACAAUAUGCUAAAAAUAACAUUCUUUGUUUUGUGGUGCCAUUUCAUUGGUUUAUCUAUACACUAAAUUUUCAAAUAUAUAUGGGUAGAAGCAAAGAGUUUUAACCGCA